AAUAUGGUUAGGAGUCCACAGAGUUUUAACAUGACCACUAAAUACUACUGGCAAAACUAAACUAAUGCGGUGCUUGUUGUACAUCCGUCGGAGAGUACAAAACCCCAAUUCAGGCCCUGCCUCGAAUGCUUUCUGGCCCUUCUGGGCACUGCUCAUUCACUCCUCCACUAGUCUGCAACCCUAACAGGUGUAGAGACAAAGUCUUGCAAUCGAAUCCGACAUAUGGUCAGUUCGGUUUCUCAAAUUUCUCCCCCAGAAUAGUAAGAUUACCUUACGUUUGAGUUUUUUUAUUCCGCCAUGGCAACAUGUUUAUCACCCUAUUUCACUCCUCCUGAUACUCUAAGACCAACUGGGCUCGUAAGUGUUCAGAGGGGGAGGAUUCUGAUGGAAAGUCACUAUGGAAGAGUAGGUUCCCUUAAGAUGUUUGAUGAAAAGAGGAUUCUUUGUGCUAGCCGAAAGAGUGCUCCACACUCUCCUAGGUUCAGAUGUUCAGCCAAACCCUAUAGUGUCAACCACUUCAACGAUAAGGACCCAUUCCUUAACCAACAUCCCGAAAUCUCAAUGCUUAGAGGUGACGGUAACAAUACAGUGAUUAACCUAAGAAAGGAUGAUCCUAGUGGAAGUGUCGCCGAAGGCAUGAGAGAUUCAACAAGUUUGAGCAAUUACAAUGAAGCCAAGAUCAAAGUUGUUGGUGUUGGAGGUGGUGGGUCGAAUGCGGUUAACCGGAUGAUAGAGAGUGCAAUGAAGGGUGUGGAGUUCUGGAUUGUUAACACAGAUGUCCAAGCCAUGAGAAUGUCGCCUGUGUUUCCUGAGCACCGGUUACAAAUAGGUCAAGAGCUUACCAGAGGACUUGGGGCUGGUGGGAACCCAGAUAUCGGCUUGAAUGCUGCCAAAGAAAGCAAAGAAUUGAUAGAAGAUGCAGUUUAUGGUGCUGACAUGGUCUUCGUGACUGCUGGAAUGGGUGGAGGAACCGGCACUGGUGGGGCCCCUGAAAUUGCCGGAAUUGCAAAGUCAAUGGGUAUCUUAACUGUUGGUAUUGUCACAACGCCUUUCGCUUUUGAGGGACGAAGGAGGCAAAUUCAAGCCCAAGAAGGAGUUGCAGCUUUGAGAGCCAAGGUUGACACACUUAUUGUCAUUCCGAAUGACAAGUUGUUGACUGCAGUUUCUGCUUCUACCCCAGUAACAGAAGCAUUUAAUCUGGCUGAUGAUAUUCUUAGACAAGGUGUUCGUGGUAUCUCUGAUAUAAUUACGGUUCCAGGGCUCGUGAAUGUGGAUUUUGCAGAUGUGCGAGCUAUUAUGGCGAAUGCGGGUUCUUCGUUAAUGGGGAUAGGAACUGCAACUGGGAAGACCAGAGCAAGAGAUGCUGCAUUAAAUGCCAUUCAAUCACCUUUAUUAGAUCUUGGCAUAGAGAGGGCUACUGGAAUUGUUUGGAACAUAACUGGUGGUAGUGAUUUAACCUUGCUUGAGGUAAAUGCUGCUGCGGAAAUUAUCAAUGACCUUGUUGAUCCUAGUGCCAACUUAAUAUUUGGAGCAGUGAUAGAUCCGAAUCUCAGCGGUCAGAUCAGUAUUACACUAAUUGCUACCGGAUUCAAACGCCAAGAAGAAAGUGAUGGGAGAACCCUCCAGGCAACACAGCUAGGACAGGGAGAUGUCACUCUUGGAACUGAUCGACGGCCUUCCUCUUUCUAUGAAAGUGGGUCAGUGGAGAUUCCAGAGUUCCUGAGGAAGAAAGGCCGCUCUCGCUAUCCAAGAGCUUGAAUUGGCUUUAUUCUUUACCUCUCGUAGCAUAUACCAUUUCGAAUCUUGUCCCGUCGACUUUGCUUUUUAGGCCAUUCAGGCAUUCUUUGGUAAGUAUGAGAUUGACAUUAUGCGAUAAAAUUUUUUUUUUUAAUCUUUCAGAGAGUAUAAAUAUGUGUAGAUGUGUUUUUGCCUUGUUUGCUGGAGGAAGAAUCAUGGAAAUAAUGGCCUGCUGAGUUUCAAUAAACUAGAGGGUCAUUCUUUUUUAUUUCUCUUUAUUAUUCCGACUGGUUUAUAUUCCCGGUGCGCUUAAGCUGUCCCAAAUCCCGGUUAUGAAAAAAGGAAGAGAAAUUCACGUAUUCUUUUAUAUAUACUGGAUUCUCGAACGCUGCAAA